AUGACCUGCACCAGCACAUCCAAUCUCAUCAUUUACCUCGGACGUGACUCCCAGGAACUCUCAAACCCUAACGAGGUGUCCCGGACUGUUUCCAAAAUCAUCAUAAAUCCCAACUACGAUGUCUACUCAAACAAUAACGACAUAGCCUUGCUGCAGCUGUCCUCACCUGUUACCUUCACCGACUACAUCAGACCCGUGUGCUUGGCGGCGGACGGCAGCGUCUUUAAAGCCGGGAUGACCUGCUGGGUCACCGGAUGGGGAAACAUCCAAAGUGGGGUUUCAAUUCCUUACCCAGAGUAUCUGCAGCAGGUGAGCGUUCCCAUCGUGUCGAACAGUGAUUGUAACGCGGCCUACAGUUUAAUCACAAGCAACAUGAUGUGUGCCGGUCUGACCCAGGGAGGAAAGGACUCCUGCCAGGGGGAUUCAGGCGGCCCAUUGGUGAGUAAAACUGACUCUAUCUGGGUCCAGGGUGGAGUGGUGAGUUUUGGAAAUGGCUGUGCCCUGCCAAAUUACCCAGGAGUCUACUCCCGAGUGUCGGAGUAUCAGUCCUGGAUCAACAGCCAGAUCAGCAACAACCGGCCGGGAUUCGUCGUCUUCAUGGGGAACAAUACAACCUCUGGCAGCGCUACAACCUCUGCGAACGAUUCAACCUCUGGCAGCGCUACAACCUCUGCGAACGAUUCAACCUCUGGCAGCGCUACAACCUCUGCGAACGAUUCAACCUCUGGCAGCGCUACAACCUCUGCGAACGAUUCAACCUCUGGCAGCGCUCACCUUGUUUCCCUCUCGGUUUCUCUGCUGCUCUCCAUCUUUCCUGUUCCCUUCUCCCUCUUUGUCCUUUCAUAGGACAAAUUUAAUUGGUUUUGUUUGAGUAUAACAACAAAAGCAUAACCAGACACCAGCUACACUUUUGAUUUUAGACAAUUUCUGUCAAUUAAUUGAUUA